GAAACGUAAAAUACAUACAUAAAUAUAUGGUAUCAGCUGCAAUUGGUUUAGAAAUUUAUUAAAAAAAGGAGAAUAGAAAAAGGAACGAUUAAAAAUGACAUUGGCUACGGCUAGUUUGGAUCAGCCGCAAUCGCAGCGGGACAACCAUAAUUCCUUGGGCCGAAACACAAUGGACAUAGAGGAAUGCAAGGAGAGACAAUUUUGGCUUUGGAAAUGGUUGUUUAACUGGACUGCCAGUUCUCCCAACAUGUUACGCGCAGUCGAAAAAAAGAUUUUAUCCUUCCUAAAAACGCCGUACCGCGGUUUCUUUGUUGAUAUUGGACCGGCAAUCGGCGAAGCGGAUAAAGUAUGGACAAUCAGCCUGAAUACAGACUCAAAAGAAGUGCCUUUAGUUAUGCUACAUGGCUUAGGUGCUGGUGUGGCUAUGUGGGUCAUGAAUUUAGAUGCACUAGCCAAAGAUCGUCCAGUAUAUGCUAUGGAUGUAUUGGGUUUUGGCCGCAGUUCGAGGCCUACUUUCUCGAACGAUGCACUUAUUUGUGAGAAGCAAUUUGUUAAGUCUGUAGAAGAGUGGCGACGCGAAAUGAAUAUUAAUAAUAUGGUAUUAUUAGGCCAUUCAAUGGGCGGUUUUAUAGCAUCUAGUUAUGCGCUGUCAUAUCCGGAAAGAGUCAACCAUCUCAUAUUAGCCGAUCCGUGGGGUUUUCCAGAAAAACCUGCCGAUGUAAACAACACCCGCCAAAUACCACUCUGGGUUCGUGCUAUAGCAUAUGCGCUAACACCUCUUAAUCCACUAUGGGCAUUACGUGCCGCCGGACCUCUUGGUCAAUGGGUCGUGGAAAAGACCCGACCGGAUAUAACUCGUAAAUUCGCAGCGGCUGUUGAAGAAGAUAACAAUCUAUUGCCGCAAUACAUUCAUCAAUGCAAUGCACAAACACCAUCCGGUGAAUCUGCUUUCCAUGCAAUGAUGUCAUCAUUUGGUUGGGCGAAACAUCCAAUGAUACAUCGUAUUAAGGAUGUACGUGCAGAUAUUCCUAUAACUUUCAUAUAUGGCUCACGAUCAUGGAUUGAUUCGUCAUCAGGGGAAAAGAUUAAAGCUCAACGCCAAGAUUCGCUUGUGGAUAUUAAAAUUGUAACGGGUGCGGGUCAUCAUGUAUAUGCUGACAAACCGGAGGUUUUCAAUCGAUAUGUUAACGAGGCUUGUGAAUUAUAUAAAUCAUAUUGCAAAGAAGCCGCUAUUCGAGAGACCACAGAAUCGGAUGAUGAAAUUAGUAAUGGGGCAUUAAACGCUAAAGUGCAAAAACAGGAUCAGACUUCAGAAAACACAUUGCCAGAGGGACAACAAACAGAUAAUGUGGUGACAAAUAUCAAAGCACAAUAACACUGUAAUGUUAAUAGUCAAUGAACACACACUUUAUACCUGCAGUCAGUUUAAAUUUUUCAACCUAUCUGUAUUAGCCAAUAAAUAGCACAUAGUAUUAGCCCAAAUAUUUUAACAAAAUGUAAACUUAUUGCUGUCAUUACUAAUCUUUUGACUAAAAAUAAAAAAGAACACAAAUAAUUAAGUGUUUUUAUAA